CGGCCGGCCCCCCGCCCCAGCCCCGGAGGGAGCUCAUGGGAGUAUGAAGGAGAUGGUAGGAGGUUGCUGCGUCUGUUCGGACGAGAGGGGCUGGGCCGAGAACCCGCUGGUCUAUUGCGAUGGGCACGCGUGCAGCGUGGCUGUCCACCAAGCUUGCUAUGGCAUCGUCCAGGUGCCCACGGGACCCUGGUUCUGCAGGAAAUGUGAAUCUCAGGAGCGAGCGGCCAGGGUGAGGUGUGAGCUGUGCCCACAUAAAGAUGGGGCUUUGAAGAGGACUGACAAUGGAGGCUGGGCCCACGUGGUGUGUGCCCUCUACAUCCCUGAGGUACAGUUUGCCAACGUGCUCACCAUGGAGCCCAUCGUGCUGCAGUAUGUGCCUCAUGAUCGCUUCAAUAAGACAUGUUACAUCUGUGAGGAGCAGGGCCGGGAGAGCAAGGCCGCCUCAGGAGCCUGCAUGACCUGUAACCGUCACGGAUGUCGACAAGCCUUCCAUGUCACCUGUGCCCAAAUGGCAGGCCUGCUGUGUGAGGAAGAAGUACUAGAGGUCGACAACGUCAAGUACUGCGGCUACUGCAAAUACCACUUCAGCAAGAUGAAGACAUCUCGACACUCCAGCGGAGGAGGUGGUGGCAGCACUGGCGGUGGUAGCAGCACUGGCGGUGGUGGCAGCACUGGCGGUGGUGGCAGUGGGUUCAUUGCUGGUCGGAGAAGCCGGUCGGCAUCUCCAUCCACCCAGCAAGAGAAGCACGUCUCUCAUCACGAGAGGGCCCAGAAGAAGAGUCGAAAGGACAAAGAACGCCUUAAACAGAAGCACAAGAAGCGGCCUGAGUCUCCCCCCAGCACCCUCACCCCACCCGUGGUCCCCACUGCUGACAAGGUCUCCUCCUCGGCUUCUUCUUCCUCCCACCACGAGGCCAGCACUCAGGACGCCUCAGAGAGCAGCAGGGACCCGAAGGGGAAAAAGUCUUCCAGCCAUGGCCUGAGUCACAAGGGCAAGAAAAUGAGCAGCGGGAAAGGCACCAGCAGUUUCACUUCUGCCUCCUCCUCUUCUUCCUCCUCUUCCUCCUCCUCCUCUGGGGGACCCUUUCAGCCUGCAGUGUCAUCCCUGCAGAGCUCCCCCGACUUUUCUGCACUCCCCAAGUUGGAGCAGCCAGAAGAAGACAAGUACUCCAAGCCCACAGACCCUUCCCCGCCGGCACCCUCUUCCCCCUCGGCCCCUGAGCCCCACAAGGCUGACCUCUUUGAACAGAAGGUGGUCUUCUCCAGCUUUGGGCCCAUCAUGCGCUUUUCCACCACCUCUUCCAGCUCUGCCCGGGCCCGGGCCCCCUCGCCCGGGGACUAUAAGUCUCCACAUGUUUCAGGGUCCGGGGCCUCAACGGGCACCCAUAAGCGGAUGCCCACCCUGAGUGCUGCCUCUGUGCCUACUGAGGAGAUCCCCGAAGUAGGCCUGAAGGAGAAGAAGCACAAAGCCAGCAAGAGGAACCGACAUGGACCAGGCCGCCCCAAGGGCAGCCGAAACAAGGAGGGUGUCGGGGCCCCGGCAGUCCCCUUGCUGCCUUCGGCCCAGCUGGCUGGCUUCACAGCCACGGCUGCUUCCCCCUUCUCUGGAGGGUCUCUGGUCAGCUCCGGCCUGGGUGGUCUGACCUCCCGGACCUUUGGGCCUGCUGGGAGCCUGCCCAGCCUCAGCCUGGAGUCCCCCUUGCUGGGGGCAGGCAUCUACACCAGUAAUAAGGACCCUAUCUCCCAUGGUGGCACAAUGCUCCGGGCUGUCUGCAGCACCCCCCUCUCCUCCAGCCUGCUGGGUGCCCCAGGGACCUCAGCCCUGCCCUGCCUCAGCCGCUCCCCAUUCACCAGCACCCUCCCCUCCACCUCGGCUUCUAUUUCCACCACUCAGGUGUUUUCUCUGGCUGGCUCCACCUUUAGCCUCCCUUCUACCCACAUCUUUGGAACCCCUGUGGGUGCCAUUAACCCCCUCCUCACCCAGGCUGAGAGCAGCCACACAGAGCCAGAUCUGGAGGACUGCAGCUUCCGGUGUCGGGGGACCUCCCCCCAGGAGAGUCUGUCUUCCAUGUCCCCCAUCAGCAGCCUCCCUGCUCUCUUCGACCAGACAGCUUCUGCCUCAUGUGGGGGUAGCCAGUUGGACCCUGCAGCCCCCGGAACCACCAACAUGGAGCAGCUCCUGGAGAAGCAGGGGGACGGCGAGGCCGGUGUCAACAUCGUGGAGAUGCUGAAGGCACUGCAUGCACUGCAGAAGGAAAACCAGCGGCUCCAGGAGCAGAUCCUCAGCCUGACAGCCAAAAAAGAACGACUGCAGAUUCUCAACGUGCAGCUCUCUGUGCCCUUCCCCGCCCUGCCUGCUGCCGUUCCUGCAACCAACGGGCCUGUCCCUGCACCCUAUGGCCUGCCUCCCCCAGCCGGCAGCAGCGAUUCCGUGAGCACCAGCAAGAGCCCCCCCGGGAAGAACAGUCUCGGCCUGGACAACUCAUUAUCCACAUCUUCCGAGGACCCGCACUCAGGCUGCCCCAGCCGCAGCAGCUCGUCGCUGUCCUUCCACAGCACGCCCCCACCGCUGCCCCUACUCCAGCAGAGCCUGCCCGGGGCCCCACUCCCGCCGCAGAAUGGGCUGGGCCGGGCACCCGGCCGGGCAUCUGGGGCCACGGGGCUGGGGGCACUACCUAUGGCUGAGGGGCUACUGGGGGGGCUGGCGGGCAGUGGGGCCCUGCCCCUCAAUGGGCUCCUGGGGGGGUUGAAUGGGGCUGCUGCCCCCAACCCUGCAAGCUUGAGCCAGGCUGGCGGGGCCCCCACGCUGCAGCUGCCAGGUUGUCUCAACAGCCUCACUGAGCAGCAGCGACAGCUCCUGCAGCAGCACGAGCAGCUCCAGCAGCUGCAGCAACUCCUGGCCUCUCCACAGCUCACCCCGGAACACCAGACUGUUGUCUACCAGAUGAUCCAGCAGAUCCAGCAGCAGAAGCGGGAGCUGCAGCGACUGCAGAUGGCCGGGGGCUCCCAGCUGCCUAUGGCCAGCCUGUUGGCAGGAAGCUCCACCCCACUGCUGUCUGCAGGCACCCCUGGCCUGCUGCCCACAGCAUCGGCCCCACCCCUGCUGCCCGCUGGGGCCCUGGUGGCUCCUUCGCUCGGCAACAACACAAGUCUCAUGGCCGCUGCAGCUGCGGCUGCGGCAGUGGCAGCCGCAGGGGGACCUCCAGUCCUCACAGCUCAGACCAACCCCUUCCUCAGCCUGUCGGGGGCGGACGGAAGUGGCAGUGGUCCCAAAGGAGGGACCGCUGAUAAAGGAGCCUCAGCCAACCAGGAAAAAGGCUAAGCCCUCACCUCCCGACUCCCCGAUGGAGGAGGCACAUCCUGGCCUGAGGUGGCCCAGCCCAGAGCAGGCCUGCACCCAGACACUGGAGAGCCUGGGGCACAUGGAGCACUCCUAGUCCCAAGGACAGAUGGAGAGAGAGGGGGGGGAGCCCUUCAGUCGGCCCCCUCCUGGCCCCUGUGUGAGGAGCUCACAGGGAGGACAGGCUCCAAGCCCGCCCCGGGAGCCCCCAUGCUCAGAAAUGUGUUAAGGUUCCAGCGAGCAAAGUGGGCCAAGGCGUAAGUGGGGGGUUGGUCGGACUCACCACACAAAAUGGAUCAGCACUUGCGUGGGAAGGAGUGAAGGGCAGGCCCCGGGCCUGUGCUACAGCAAGCUGGGGAGACAGGCCCUUCUUUCACCCGGUAACUCUCCACAGCUCGGGCAGAAUGCAGCGGGGACCCCCUGCCCUCCAACUACGAUCACAAGCUGAGCUUGUGGAAGCCCCCAGACUAGGGUCCCGAGGAAGGGGGCGGGUUGGCCAGUCCUAAGUCUGGAAGUGGCGGGAGGAGGCCCAGCCCCCUGCACGCUGCUCCUUGUUUGCACUGUUGGGUUUAGGAGUGCCGAGAGGAUGGGAAGACAGAGCUGCCAGACUCAGCAAGCGUGUGUGUUGUGUGUCUGCAUCUGUGUGUCUGUGUGUCCCUUGGACCAGGGACAGCUGAAGCCAGGGAUGGGAGCUAUGCUCAGACCAGGUAGCAGCCGAGGUGGGGACUUUAGCUCUAGUUUGCCCCCUCCCCACCCCAACUUUGGUCCCUCUCUGGGGCAUGAAUGGUUCAGGAAAACCAGAGCAGUACUGGAGAGGAACUGGGACUGGGGGCUCUGAAUCAGGGUAACUGCCUGCGUGGUCCCCAGAACUCCUCAGGCUCUCCUUCCUCACCACUGGGAGUUGCUGCCCUGGCACCAGGACAGCUGCAGAGGUUGGGGGGACUGGGGUGGGAGUGGGGAGUAAAGUGUCACUUUCUUAGGAAAACCUCCCUCUCACAUCCCACCUUCACCCUCUCUGACCUGGGAAGAUCGAAGCUACAGAUCUGGCCAUCCCCUUUGCUCACCAGCCAGAACCUCCCUGCAGCCCACGCCUGAGUCGCUACCAAUGGUGGUAAAGGCUGAGGGGCAGGGUGAGGGUGGGUGGCCUGUAUCUGGGUGGCACUGGGCACCCAGUUUCUUCCUCCCUUAAUGCUCUUGUCUUGUUGGUCUAUGCAUGUGUGGGUUUCGUGUGUCUGUGUCUGUGUGUGUGUGUGGUGUGCACCUGCACAUGUUUCUGUUUGGGUUUUUGUUGUGGGUUUUUUUUUUGUUUUGUUUUGUUUUUUUAAAUAAAGAAGAAAGAAGAUGUGUCUAUUUUUGGCAACGACAGAAAUGUAGUGCAGAUAUAUUUUUGCCUGUGCUGCUCAACUGGUUUUUUCUGAUACUGAAAAUAAUAUUAAUAUUCCUGUUGAUAAGACUUUGUAAGACAGUAGGGAGCUGAUCGUGCAGGGGGGGCGGGGGGAUUCUUUCGAAAGCAAUUUCUUAGGCACGUUGCAAGGGUUGGGAUGGAGGGGGACAGUUGUGAUGACCUCAGACAUACUUUUUUAUUAAUGCUCAAUCAGACUUCAGCAUUUUAUGUAUCUUCUCAAUGCUUUCUGACCCUCUGUGUGUCCCCUUGCCCUCCCCUCUCUCCUUCCCCACCCCCAUUCCCCACCGCAAAGGAAAGAACCUUCAGUGAUUCUUAGAAGAGACGCUCUUGUGCCCAGGGCCGCCCACUUAGAACCAAAGUCAACUUCUGUUCUGGAUGGUGAGGGGGCCCUUAAGGCCCUCCCACCUCAAGACAGGGCAAGGUGGAGGUGGGGGGAUGAGGGCUCCAAAUGAUUUAGUGCACUGGAAUCAAGCCCUGUGCUGCUCCUCCUCAUUUCCCAGAACCUCAGUAGUCCUUCUUUGCCCAGGCUGGGGGAUGCAGUGGCAGGUAGUGAGGGGAGAUUGAAGGAGUCCAGGCAGGUUUGAAGUGGUGCUGUCUGUCCCACGGUGGGAGUGUUUGGAGGGGCAGGAGGAAGGUGGUGGUGUUGCCUUCUUUAGGGCUGCUUUCUAAUAGAGAGGGUCAGGAGAUCCCAGGAGGGAGCAGAGUCCCUUCAGUGGGGACACCGGACUGAGCCUAGCCCCCUCUCCUCACUACAGUGUCUUGGGGGGAAGGGCUGGGGGAACCGGAACCGUGGGAAGGGACACAGAUUUGCAGCUCUGUCUAAGGGAGGGGAAGGAUGUGGUUUGUAGGGCAGAGCAGGGUGUGACAAGACCCGAGUGCCUGCCUGUACCCUCACCUCUCCCAUGAUGUGAGGGGUUGUCUGCAGGGCUGUUGUGGGGCUGGAGCUGGCUUCUUGCUCCAAGCCACUCGCCUCCGUGUCCCUGUGUGUGUGUGUGUGUGAGUCUGUUUGUCUCUGUGUGUAUCCCAGUAUGUGUGUGUGUGUUCCUGUAUGUGACCCCGGUUGUGAGUGAAAAGCUGUGCCCAUAGCAGGCGGGUAUCUGUAGGCACAGGCUGUCAUAUCUCCCAGCUGACCAUCCUCUUCCUGACGAUGACACUUUAAAAGGUGGCCUUUU